UAUCCUGUUCCUUCUGUUUGAUUGGAUAAGAAAUGAAUGACAAAUAAUAAAGUUGUGAGCUUCUCUCUCUAUCUCUCUUAUCCUCUCCUAUCCACAAGAGAUAAACACAACUCUUGAUGGUAUCAAAGCAGCACUCGAUCCUGCUCUAAAUCGAGUAUCAUUCUUCAACGGGCUGGUCAGGUCUCUUCUGAAUCAGUGAUUUCCCUGGUGGGUUCAUUCCAAAUCAAUUUUCUCUCUCUCUUUUUUUCCCUGCUUUUACUGGGUUCUUCCACUACUCUCUCAUCAUGAAUGCUUCAAUCAAAUUCGGUAAUGUACCUAUUGCCCUAGUCAGUGAUGAUGUUAGUUCCAACACAUCACUCGAAAACUCAUCUCAAAUCCAACCAACCAUUAAUCUCGAUUACAGCUCUUUGCCCACUGCAUAUAAGCUGAAUGGCCAGAACUACAACCUUUGGUCUCACUCUGUUUCAAUCUUCAUCGGAGGGAAAGGUAAAGAAGAAUACUUGUCCAUUGAUCUGGUCCAACCGGAAGUUAAAAGCCCAGGUUACAAAAAUUGGAAAGCAGAGAACAAUAUGGUUAUGUCAUGGCUCUUGAAUUCUAUGACUCCGGAAAUAGGUGAACAAUUUAUGUUUUACAAGACAGCAUCAGAAAUUUGGGAGGCAGCUCGAGAUACAUUCUCAAAUCAAGACAACACUUCAGCCAUAUUUGAAAUCAAAGGGAUUCUUCAUGAUCUCCGUCAAGGAGAGUUGACUGUGACGAGCUAUUUUACGGCACUGAACCGUUAUUGGCAGCAACUCGAUGUCCUGGAUGCCAUUACCUGGAACUGCCCACUAGAUGGGAAACAGUACAAGCGGUUGGUGGAAACGGAAAGGAUUUAUAAAUUUCUUCUUGGACUCAACCAAGAACUUGACGGGGUCCGAGGAAGAAUUCUCGGUACUAAACCUAUGCCUAGCCUCAGAGAAGUUUUUUCAGAAGUUUGCCGUGAAGAAAGUCGAAGAAGGGUUAUGCUUGGAAAUACUGGCAGUAUUACGAAUGAGGGAUCGGCUCUUGCAACUCGUGCUCUAUCUAGUAUGAAAUUUUCUGUGGCCUCUGGAAUAUCUCAAAGGAAAAAUGGUCGGCCCUGGUGUGAUCAUUGCAAACGACCUGGUCACACCAAAGAAACCUGCUGGAAAAUUCAUGGAAAACCAUCUGACUGGAAACCUAAUGCUCGUGUAAAUGUAGCAACUAGUGACAUCCAGGAGGUUUUUAGCAAGGAACAGAUACAAGCUCUUCAGAAGAUGUUGCAAAUCACACCCCAUGAAGACAAAAAGAUUGCAGUUGUUGCCCAACAAAGUGGAGUUUCAUCUGCAUUUGUAACAAGUGCAUUUGGUGAAAAACCUUGGGUUGUUGAUUGUGGUGCUACUGACCACAUGACCGGGGAUAGGAAUAUACUUUCUGAAUUCCAACCUGUACCGAAUGGAAGAACCAUACGAGUUGCUACUGGAGAAGGCGCACAAAUGGCGGGCAUUGGCCUUGAGUUCGGGGAAGAUGAUUGGCAGUGCUAAAGUAUGUGAUGAGCUCUACCACAUGGAAGUCGAGCAUUCGGGAAAACGUCAAGUUUCAUCGUUAUUUCAUGUUUCUAGUAAAAAUAAUGUGAUGUUAUCGCAUCAUAGGUUGGGUCAUCCAAACUUUCAUUACUUAAAAAAGUUGUUUCCUCAUUUAUUGAAUAAAAGCCCGAAUGAUUACAAUUGUGAAGUGUGUCAAUUAUCCAAGCAUGUGAGACAUUCUUAUACUCCACUCCCAUAUAAAUCCUCUCAUCCAUUCUAUUUAAUUCAUAGUGAUGUUUGGGGCCCCUCCAGAGUGAAAAAUAUUUCUGGUGCGAGGUGGUUUGUUACUUUUAUAGAUGACCAUACUCGUGUUACUUGGGUCUUUCUGAUGAAGGACAAAUCUGAAGUUGGGUUAAUUUUCCAGCGUUUUCAUCAAAUGAUUCAAAACCAAUUUGCAACAAAAAUUCAAGUUCUCAAAUCUGAUAAUGCAAAGGAAUACUUUCACUCUGAGUUGGGAAACUACCUUACUCAGCAGGGAAUUGUCCAUCUCACAUCCUGUGUUGACACCCCGCAACAAAACGGUGUUGCAGAAAGGAAAAACAGACAUCUGCUAGAGGUAACACGUUCAUUGCUAUUAUCUAGUUAUGUUCCAGAUCAUUUUUGGGGAGAAGCUGUGUUAACUGCCGCAUACCUUAUCAAUAGGAUGCCUUCCCGAGUCAUUGACUUCAAAACUCCACACCAAUUUCUACAGUCUAACUUCCC